GUGUGGGCGCUGGGCGCUUGCCAGACUGGGUGACGUGAGAACGGAGAGAGGGAAACCUGCUGAGAGAAAAACCACCGCCUGGGACCGCUGAGGAGGACCUCUGUGCAGGUUCACGCGGCCGUCGGCAGGGUGGAGCUUCCUGACCCAUGGAGAAUUACUUCCAGGCAGAGGCCUUCAACCUGGACAAGGUGCUGGACGAGUUUGAGCAGAACGAAGAUGAGACGGACACCCCCAUUCUCUCAGAUGCCAAGUGGACCCAGAUCCUGGCCCCGCCGGCCCACCUGCUCUCUCUGAACCCCGCCCUGGCCCACGCAGACCUCAGCCCCCGGGAGAGUCCGCUGCCCUUCAAGACCCUCCCCGACUCCACCUCCAGCGCCACCCCGGGGGCCGACCCUAAAAGAAAUCCCGGUACGGAAACUCCAUCCUGGGUCGAGGAGAGGCCGGCAGACGUCCACAGCCCACCGCUCCCCCAGCCCAACAUCGGCAAACUGGUGGGCACAGACAACCUCUCGCCGCCACCCGAAACGGCCUGUAGCGCUGUGGAGAACGGCUGCCCUGCCAGCCCGCAACUCGACGGGCUCGGCGAGGAGAUAAAUUCUCCUCCAGACAACCAGCCCGCCGCCUCUGACCAGGAGGCUAAACCUCAUCAGGAGGAGAGAACUGCACCAGGAGGGGGAGGAGGCUCCGCCAUCAGUCACACUCACUUUACCUUUGAGGUAGGAUUAGGACAGGAAGAAGCUCCGUCUGAGAAGAUUCAUCUAAAUGUGGAACUGGUGACACAAAACGGAGAAGGUGUCAAAGAAAGUGUUAGUACAGCUGUUUUACAAGAAAGACAACCUGCAAACUCAAAGGAGGAGCAGGGAGAAAGUCUCCUGAAUGGAGGGAGAGACGUUCAGGCUGUUUGUGAGGUGGAGGAGAACGGUGUGUCUCCUGACGGGGUGCGAGAGGAGGAGAAGGUGACGAGAUGUGGUCCAGAGGGACAGACGGACCAGCUGCUUAGGAUAACAAGCCUUCCUAAUGGUUUGGAGCAGGAGAGUGGGAGCCAUUCCAUGCUUAAAGAGACUGAGGAGGAGUACGAGGAGGAAGAGGGAUUUUCUCCCUCUCCUGUCCCCUCCAAAGAGGACUCUGUAACUGAGGAGAAAGAAAUGGAGGAGAGCAAGCAGGAGAGCGGCGAUGGAGGAGCAGCAGGGUCAGGUAGCACUCAACCAAAACUCAACAACAAUCGGCUGCAGCCGGUCAGCGUUCCCUACGGAGGGGCGCGACCAAAGCAGCCGGUCGCCCUCAAGCUUCAGAUCCCUCAGCCGCUGUCGGGCCAAGUACAGAAUCAGCUUGGCCCGUCCGCCGUUAGCAAGAACAAGAACCUCGAGAACCAGUGUCGGAGAGGCACGCCGUCCGAAACGACGGCCAGUGUGACUGAUCAGAGUGCGGCCGGGGUGAACGGAGACAGUGUUGUCCACUCUCCUUCCCUGAUGCCCUCAGAGAGCCCAGACAAUGACCUCCAGGCGGGUCAGCAGGGCGCUUUGAGCAGGAAGCCCGCCAGCUCCCUCGGAGAGGUCGCGCCCGUGUGGGUGCCCGACUCACAAGCUCCCGUUUGUAUGAAAUGUGAUGUCAAGUUCACCUUUACCAAGAGGAGACACCACUGCAGGGCCUGCGGAAAGGUCUUCUGUGCGACAUGCUGCAGUCUGAAGUGCCGGCUCAUGUACAUGGACAGGAAGGAGGCUCGGGUCUGCAUCACCUGUCAUUCUGCUCUGACGAAUGUUCAAUCAUGGGAGUCACAGGUAACUGGAAGCAACCAGAGUCCAAACCCCAACAACCCAGCAGAGUACUGCUCCACCAUCCCCCCUCUGCAGCAGGCUCAGGCCUCUGGAGUGCUCAGCUCUCCCCCUCCCACUGUCAUGGUGCCCGUGGGAGUCCUGAAACAGCCUGGCAACGAGGGGUCCCUCACACGGGAGCAGAGGAGAGUCUGGUUUGCUGAUGGUCUCCUACCGAACGGAGACACGGCAGAGUCCCCCAAACCUCCGACGUCCAGCCCCGCCCCCUCGCAGUCACUGGCUAUCUCCACAUAUUCCAACAAAACCUCCAGUUCAGAGUCCUCGGAGGCAGCCCAUACACCUGCUGCCCCCAUGGGCAGCCCCGUGGGCAGCUCCCUCAGUCUGAUCCCGGAGGACGGGCUCCCUCCCAUCCUCAUCUCCACCGGCGUCAAAGGAGGUACGGGAGGCCACAUCACAGACUAUGCAGUGGAGGAGAGGCCGUCGGAGAUUGUCCUCAUGCAGCAGCUGGAGGAGGGAGGCCCAGACCCCCUGGUCUUCGUUCUCAAUGCUAACCUGCUCGCGAUGGUCAAACUAGUUAAUUAUGUAAACAGGAAGUGUUGGUAUGUGACGACUAAGGGCAUGCAUGCUGUCGGCCAGGCGGAGGUGGUCAUCCUGCUCCAGUGUCUUCCCGACGAGAAGACCGUCCCGAAAGACAUCUUCACCCACUUCGUGCAGCUCUACCAGGAGGCCCUCAGUGGCAACGUGCUGAGCCACCUGAGUCACUCGUUCUUCACGCAGAGCUUCCUGGGCAGUAAGGAGCACGGUGGCUUCCUCUACAUCAGCCCCUCCUUCCAGUCUCUGCAGGACCUGCUGCUGCCCAACCCGCCCUACCUCUUCGGCAUCCUGAUACAGAAGUGGGAGACGCCCUGGGCCAAAGUGUUCCCUAUCCGCCUCAUGCUGCGGCUAGGCGCAGAGUACAGAUUUUAUCCGUGCCCGUUGUUCAGCGUCCGCUUCAGAAAGCCGCUCUUCGGAGAGACCGGUCACACUAUCAUGAACCUGCUCGCAGACUUCCGUAACUACCAGUACACGCUGCCGGUGGUGAAAGGUCUGGUCGUGGACAUGGAGGUGAGGAAGACGAGCAUCAAGAUCCCCAGUAAUCGCUACAAUGAGCUGAUGAAGGCCAUGAACAAGUCCAACGAACACGUGCUGGCCAUGGGGGCGUGUUUCAACGACAGGGCCGACUCCCACCUGGUGUGCGUCCAGAACGACGACGGGAACUACCAGACGCAGGCCAUCAGCAUCCAUCACCAGCCGCGCAAAGUUACUGGAGCCUGUUUCUUUGUGUUCAGCGGUGCUUUGAAAGCCUCGUCGGGCUUCUUGGCCAAAACCAGCAUUGUUGAAGACGGUGUGAUGAUCCAGAUCACAGCGGAGACCAUGGACUCUCUACGGCAAGCUCUGAGGGACAUGAAGGACUUCACCAUCACGUGCGGUAAAGCCGACCAGGAGGAGAACCAGGAGCUGGUCCACAUCCAGUGGACGGAGGACGACCACAACUUCAACAAGGGAGUCAUCAGUCCGAUCGACGGGAAGUCUAUGGAGUCCAUCACCAGCGUCAAGAUCUUCCACGGCUCCGAGUUCAAAGCCAACGGAAAGGUCAUCCGCUGGACAGAGGUAUUUUUCCUCCAGAGUGAAGAUCAACCCAACGGUCUGAGCGACCCGGCCGACCACAGCCGGCUGACGGAGAACGUGGCGCGAGCGUUCUGCAUGGCGCUCUGCCCGCACCUCAAACUGCUGAAGGAGGACGGGAUGGCCAAGCUGGGCCUGCGGGUCACACUGGACUCUGACCAGGUGGGCUACCUGGCAGGAAGUAACGGCCAGCCUCUGCUGCCUCAGUACCUGAGCGACCUGGACAGCGCUCUGAUCCCCGUCAUCCACGGAGGGGCGUGUCAGCUGAGCGAGGGCCCGGUGGUCAUGGAGCUGGUUUUCUACAUCCUGGAGAUCAUUUCCUAGGACCCUCCUCCUCCUCUUCCUCUUCCUCCACCCCCACCAGGAGCGCCACCUCCAAAAACAUCCUUUUUUUACCUUCUGACAUCAUCCUCCUCCAGCCUGGUCCUCCGUCAUCUCCCGUUCAAAACCGUUUGCACUUCAAAAAGAGCCCGAAAAACUGUGCCGUGCCAGGCGGGGUAGCAUUCCUCAAGUCAGCCUAUGCAUCCAAAAACCACCACCGACCGUAUGCUCUGCUCUCCAGAGGCCGCCUGGGUCUUCGUCCGUCACACGUCCUGAGUAGCAGCCUCACCCCGUCAGGUGCUCCGAGCAGGAAACGAACAUCGGAGGUCACGUCGGGUCCCGUCACAGCACCCACAGCAGCGGCGGCGGUGUCCGCUGGAAGUCAAAGUGCCUCCUCGUGUGACGUUUUAUCCGAUGAUCUGAUGAGUUAGUUAACGAGGACGUCCUGUGAUGUAGAUCCGAUUAAAAAAUAAUGAGGAUCAGCCGCUCUGUGUUUAAAGUUACAAUCAGAUGGAGAAAAAAAACACAUUUUAGAGCUCAGAGGAGAAAUAUGAUUUUAAUAAAAUCAUUAAAUGUUCACGUAGAAGAUCACAGAAUUCAUUUAUCAGUGAUUUCUGGCUUUCAAUAAAAGUUUCUUUCGGUUUUCUACUUGAUUAUUCUGUCAGUUCAGUCUAUAAAAUGGAGAAAAACAUUGUUCAGAACCCAAAGAUAUUUAGUUUACUGUCACUGAAAACGAAAAGAAAGAAAAGAUUUAUGUUUCUGAAGCUGAAAUCAGAGAAUUUGACUUUUUAUUCUCUUUCAAUCAAACAUCAAAAUAAUUCACAAUUAAUCGAUGCAGCUCUACAAGGAACACAUUUCUCAAAAUGAAUGCAGUUAUAUAUUUAAUAUGUGUCUGAUAGCGUGUGUGAUCUUAUUCUUAUCGAUCUCAUAUUAAGUGAUGAUAGAUUUACGUGGGGAUUUCUUCGUUAACGUGUCGAGUUCGGACGACUAAGAAUCAUCUGGUUGAGGCUGAAUCCAACUACGACCUAAAAUCAGCUGAUAGAAAAGUGUUUAAAAAGCUGAAAAAAACCCUUAAAAAAAGGUUAGAAAGUGUUAAAAAGUCUUAAAUGUAAUUUUUCAAAUACUUGAGAAAUCGUGACGGGUGUUCUUCAGUCGAUCGUGGUGCAUUGUGGGAAACACGCAGCUCCGAAACCAGUUUUGAAAUAGAUGUUUUUAAGACUUCAGAGAGGCGGUUGGGUACUGUGACGGACCCUCGGACCUGCAGCGUGUCGUCAUGUAGCUCCUCAGCCUCGUCAUCACCCUCGUCUCUCCGGCGUCACCGCGGCAACCGGACGUCCCCGAAGCAACUGAACUGAGCUCUGCGGAGGCCUCGGUGUAGCACGGAUGCUCUUUGACCUACGAGGAAGAGUCGUCUCCACCGCUGCUGAAGAAGAAGAUGUUUCCUCUGAUGCUUAAAAAAAAAAGGAAAACUAAAAAAAUAAUCAUCAGAUGAGUUGGAAGGUGCCUCUGUGUGGUGACUUUUCUUUUUCUUUCUCUCUCUUUUUUUUCUUUUUUUUUUCUCAGUGCCUGCCGCAACGAUUCACGAAGGAAAAGGAAAAUAAUAAUAAUAAAGAAACAAACAUCUCGGCUUCACCUCUUUAAGCUUUACUCAUCAUCACUCACCAGAUGCUUUACUUCACGGACAGAUGCGUUGACUUAUUGUACAUAUUUUUAUAGACAGAACUUCUUCUUCUCCUCCAUUAUAACCUGCGUCUGUAGCCUCCACCGACCCUCACACGACACAGCGACACAGUUACAGACAGUAUUACUGACUCCUCUCAAGUCAACAAACCUGUUUUUAAAAUAAUAGAAAAAAAAGGUUCCAAUGCUUUAUUGAUAAACUCAAACAAUCUGUACAUAAACGCUGAAAAAGAAGCAAAAACAAGAAGAAAAAAAACGUGUUUUUAAAUCUCCACCAAUCAACAACUUCUUCUUCUUCUUCUUCGUCUUCAGCAUCAUCAGCUCGGUGUUCGUCCGGCAGUGGUUGGAAAAAAUCAACAAAAAACACUAUUUUGGUGUCUUUUUAAAAUCAUACAAAGAAAAUAACUGAAGAUGUAAAGAAAUAUAAAUAUAUAUACAUAUAUAUAUAUAUAUAUAUAUAUACAGUAAAUAUAUAUAUAUUAUAAAUAUAUAAGAACUGUUUUAAAUGCAGAAGCAGUGCACUGGAUUCUAAGCCAUUUACAGGAGAGUGACAGCGAGCGUCUGUCGGGUUUUUUUUGUGUCCUGAAGACGUAAAAAAUAAACGUUCAGAGUUCGUAAAGAUCCGGGGUUCCUGCAGAAAGUGAUCGACCUGAAGCUGAAUGUAUUUCAUCUCACAUUUUCUGCUGUUUCUCAUCUUCCUCAUCCUCCUCUUCCCCCGUGAACCUGAUAAAUCCAGACUUUUCCCAUCUGUGCAGACCUGCGUAGGAACCCUGUAGAUCGAUGUUAAAUCUUCUGAGGCCUCAACCUGUUUUUAAAAGUGUGUGUUACGGACAUGAUGGAGCUGUCGGACGUCUAGCUGCAGUUAUCUGAUCUGAUGUGGACUGUGAUUGGCUGGGCUGGGCUCUCCUUCAGCGACCUGGACCUGGGAAUAAAUAUAUAAGAAUGUAUUCCUCCUGUUUCUGUUUCAAAUCUGCAAAAACCUGUUUUUUGUUUUUCUUUAUAUAUAAUCGGACCUGACUAGACUAAUCACCAAAAAAAACUUUGAAAAAAACAACAAAAAAACACUCUGUCGUGUCAAAAAAUGCUCUGUACAGUAAGUGAAGUAUACUUCUCCAUCUUUAAUCAUGCUAAUAUAAAACCAGAAGGGGCUAAACGAGAAGUAGAGAGGGUUUUUUUUUAUUUUUAAUUUGAAGUAUUAAAAAAAUCUCGUCAUCACACGUGAGAAUCUCGAGACCGACAAUCACACGAAUAAUUCGACCUUGUAGCUGUUCUGUAUUCAUUUGUUACACAGUUGGAAAUAUUUUAGGAGCUACUGUAGCAGAAUAAUGUUAGUGAAGCUGAUUUCUUUUUUAUUAUUUUUUAAUUUUUAAUAAAAGGUCAAAGGUCAUCAGUUAUGGGUUUAAUUACUGUGAUCAAUCACUGUGUGACGUUCAUCAUCAGCUGCUGCUCUACUCUGUUUUUAUAAAUUAGCGUAAUGAAGAGGAGACAUGAGGAUUUAUUUUUCUGACUUUUUCUGUUACUUUAUAUUGUUUUUUUUGGCAUUAUAAUUAUCAGACGUGUGCAAUAUGUCCUAAAUCUCCCAAAAAAAAAAGAAGAAAGGUGCAAUUAGUGUGACUGAAAGUAGCUUUUUUUCUCCUCUUUUUUUGUUACUCUUCAGACUAUUAAACACUUGCAUGCAAACAGAAACAAGCUUGAAAUGGUGACGAGAGUGAAUCAACUUUUGCAUUUUAAAAACAGUUUUAUCUUCUAAGUUUGUGGAUGAAACUAAAAACAAAGAUCCACUCGUUCAGUUCUGUAAUUUUUGUUUGUGUUCAAAUUUCUUUUUUUUAAUAAACAUCAGUGAAAAAAAUGUUUUUAAAAAAAGCCAAAAACCCUGUACAUCUUUUUUUUUCUUCUUUUCUUUACACUAUAAAUGUCAAUAAAAGUGGUCUUUAUCAAAAAAAACUGUAGUAUAUGUAAAAUAAAAACUUAUA